GGCUUUUCUCUCCAGCGGCACCCCGACGCCGGCACUCGUUCCCAGAGUGAGCUCACCACAUCGUCGCAUCCGGAUCUCCGCCUCUCAAACUAUCUUCUACAAUUAAAUAAAUAUUUAAUAAAAAUAAUUUUGCCAUUAUCAUGUUAUUGGUCAGUUUAACCGCGGCUUUCGCGGUUCUUUUCGUUGUUAACGCGAUACCAGCGCCUACUAAUAAAGAUGGCGUUCAAAUUGGUGAACUGCCAGAGAAUUGGGACCAGACAAAAGACGACACUCAAUCCUUGUUCCUCAACAAGAGCGACAAGAACGAUCUGGAGCCGUACCCCCUUGCCUUGAGCGAGGAAGGUAACGUAGAAGCAUACGAGCAGAAUGUUGACCAGCGUUUUGAUAACCCACAAUCCACGGGCGAACUAGACAACUUGAUCAUGCGGUCGGAACUGUACGGAGAGCCGCCAUCGAUGGAGGGCCUAUCCUCCGGAUACGACUCGCGCCGCCGCAAGCGCGGAAGCGGAACCAAAGUGGGUGGAGCUGGCGCAGCCACUAAAGUCGCAACUAAAUCUGGAUCGGGCAAAAAGAACUUGAAGCCCGAGGAUGUCCUUUCCCCAGUGGAAUCGACGUCUCAAGAUCACGAUGUUCAUCGUCUCAAGCGUGGCAGUGGAACUAAAGUUGGUGGAGCUGCAGCAUCGGCGAAAACGGCGACCAAGAAUUCUGGUGGAAAUAAAAAGAACUUUAGGCCUAUUUCGGAACGUCGCAAGCGUGACUCGGGUCUGAGCGCCGCUGAUGUCCGAGCUCUGUUAAAUCUGUGGGAGGCUCAGGAGCGCAGGAAGCAGGAAUGGAACGCUAACCGAUGGGCGGCGGCCGCGGAACACAACGGAUGGUACAACCGAAUGAACGCCCUCGACGACGAGCAGCCAGAAGUGGAUGAGAAUGGUGACGUCUGGUACAACGAGCCUGCAGUAGUAGGGCCACGUGAGAGAGACUUCCCGCGUCAUUCGUACUUCUCGGAACAGAAUCGUAUGGCGCUAGCUCACGGCUUGCCGGACUUGUACCAAGUGGACCCGAACGAGUUGGCUCAGAGGUAUGAGGAGGCCCGCCGCAAGAGGCAGUACGCGAACAAGAUGAAGCGGUUCAUGGUGACAAGGAAGCGAUCGGACGGCAUGAUGCACCAGAACAACUACCGGCCCCGCGACGACCUCUACACCCUAGCCGAGCUGCUACGCACUGCUCCCCGCGUACAGGAACAAGACAUCCCCGUGUAUCGACGACUGAUUCUUUAAGCGCAUUGUCUAAUGAUGCUUAUCCCUUAAAGGAUUCUUUCUAUAUUUAAAUUUUUUCUCUAUAACUUGAUGUUAGUUGAUAAAGGAAUGCAAGAAUAAUUUUGUUUUCGCUAAAUGGGCGAUUACAAUGUGUCACGGAUACGGAGAUUAUUUCGCAUUUAAUUCUGUGUGUAGUUCAUAGUUACAUACAAAAUUAGAUUUAAGGCACAUAGAACUAGACAUUUCUUAUUUUAAUUUGUUUAUUUUUUUACAUUAUGGCCUAACAUAGCAUAAAACAUGAAAUAUUUGUCAUGCUGAAUAUGUUUGUUCUACUCUUCUCUACCUCGGUUUACUACAUAUCUUUUUGAUCAAUUCAUCAAAUAAUACGGACAACCGAUAGAUGUAUUUUCAGGUUCGUCUAAUAUAAUUGCAAAUGGUGAGGUAAAACUUCAUAUUUCAAUGGUAUUUAGAUGUAUCCGCUGUAUGAAAAUGGUAUUAACAUUGCUGUAUUAAAUUAGUGUAAUCCAAUAA